GGUCGAAAAUCGGUGAGCUGGUGCAAUAAAAAAUCCACUAUAAGUUUCGAACGUUUCAAGAUAUUAAAUCGAGUUCGCCAGACUGGUACUACAGUGACUAUAGUUGAAACCCCUUUGUUUUUAAAAACAAAAUAAAAACACACAAAGUUGAAGAAAAAUUAUGGCGAAAUUUAUAAACUUAUUUACAAAUUUGUUCCCCAAAACAAAUUCCAAGUUAGAAUCUGAUGCGGCAGUCAUACCACAACGAGCCAGUGGGACCUUCUCUGAGAGUGAUAAGUUAGAAUUGGAGAAUAAUAUCAACAUACAUUCAGUUCCAAAUACUGAAGGUUCCAACACACCUGUUGAUCAAUUGAUUGUUCCAUUUAACGUUAAUUCACCGUCUAGUUUGGAUCAGCAAAACAUUAUAAAUAAUGUGCGGAAUAACAUAUUAUCCGCUCCCCAAACAUCAAUUAGUAGCACUACUGGAGUUCAUGUGUAUCAGAUUAAAAAUGCAAGCAAUGUUCACAUCGGAAAUAGCAUAACUUUCAAUUCGGCCAAUCCAGUGGAUAAUCGCACAAAACCGCUAUCAACAAAUGGUGAUGUAAAAUGGUCAAACUUGAAAUUAUCAGAAACAAUUCGGCAAAUGAUGGAAUGCGAUGACGAUCUAGAUACUGGAAUGAUGGAUACUAUAUCCAGACAUUUGGGCUGUGAAUGGAAAAGUUUUGCUAGAACUUUGAAAUAUUCUGUAGGACAGAUUGAAUCAUUCGAGUGUGAUCAUAAAACCCUCUCCGAGCAAAUUUUUCAUUUUGUGUUGGACUGGUCUCGAAAUGACGACGAACCUUCCUUAGGCAAGAUGGUCAAUCUUUUAUGGAAACAAAACCACAAAGAAACUGUCUAUCAUAUGAAAAUUUUAUGGAAGAAACGAAAACAAAAUCCCAAUGUGUAAAUCACGAAGCUACCAUUUGGAAAAUAAUGAGUAUAUAUCUCUAGCUAUACGAGCUUUUGUAGUAUUUUUGAAACGCACCGUUUUUAACUCAGAGCGGUGGACUUAAAGCUCAAACUUAAACUUAGAUUAAACAUAUUGUCCUUUCAUAAAAAAAUUAGAAUGCAGGGUAUUUUCAAGAAAAAGAAGAAGCAACACCCGCAACUGACAGACAUCUCAAACACUGGUAAAAAAGUGCUGAAAGGAAUAGCACUCGAUACACGUUCAACUGGGGAUAGUGAAAUGUUCGUAAUUGAAAUACGAAAAUAUCCGAAGAAGGUUUAUUCUCUACACCUCAUUAGUUAAUUAUGGUCUUUUUAUUUGUUUCUUAAGUUUUCGUUUGUCUUGAUCGAGCAAAGACUAUCAUAUUCAUCAUCAAAGGCAUGAACGAUUAAUUGCCAUCAGCGAUGGGCACCAUUUCGCCUAUUUUAAGAUCGGUUAGUGAACAUGAUACGACAAUAUAGUACGGGUUUGUUAAAGUUCGCA